AUGGAAUUCGCGUUGUCGGACCCAGACUGCGCUAUUUGUUUUGCGCCAGCCUCGUUGGCUUGUCUGUGCGAGGCGGACUAUCACGACAAUGCCCUCCAGCAGGCCGAGUCGCAGGUCAUGCAGCGGAUGUACGAUGACAUACGCUCGUGGGUCCGAGCCCACGCAGAAGAAUACAUCCUUAAAUACUAUCAACAUCUAAUUGAGCUUCGUAAAGAGGCUCACAGAGACCGUCUAGAGCGACUCACCGAACACAUCCCCCACGUUCGGGCACAGUCGGAGGAAAUCGAGGCCGCUAAUACUGCGCUUCUUCAGGGUGUUGGCGACGACUGGCAAGGGGCAAUUGGAAAAAUACCCGCUGUUUUUGAGUACUUCUACAGCCUCGUGGCGUUGAGUUUACCGGGCGACCAAGAGCCUCAAGUGAAAGAUGUCCCCUUGGGUAUGUUGGACGCUUUUCCGGAAGUUGGGGGACGACUCGCGGCUCUUACGUCGGCAAGCCAGUACGAUUUUCAAGGGGCGACACUUGUAGGUACUACAACAAAGGAGUCACCACAUAUUCAUGCUCGAAAGAGAACGCCGUCGCUAGAGAAUAGUCCUCCCAGACCACCGUUUCCAAUGUUGCCCUCGCCGCCGAAUCAUCCACUACUACCGCGAUCCUAUCACCCUCGCCCGAGCCGAAGGUCGGUGGGAUUUGUCGACCAGCCAGGCCAUACUAGUGAGGACUUCCGAGGCGAUGAGGGACUCUUCCAUGACACCGCGCCUAAUGCCUCAUCUUAUCAACUGCAACAUCAGGUAGUAGAGCGUCGGCCUCGUCAACAACGCAGCGUUGCAGCGUACGAUACGCUUGAAAAUAGCAUCAUGCCGACUACAACGCAGGCACGACAAGCGUCCAUGUAUAGCUCUGGCCUGCGCUCCAGUGGACCAAGUCCUGAUGAUCAGAGAUAUAUUGAUACUUUAAAAUACCAAGAGGCCGUGAGCGCUAGCCACGUGCCGUUGACCGCUGAGUCGUUGAGGGAAGCUGGCAGGCGUGCUCAGAACAGAGAUAGCCGUGCUGAUGGGCGGAGUAUGGCGACCGGUACCACACGUACUUUUGUUAACAGCGACGCCUGA